AUGGUCAACUUGCACGACCGCAUCGAGAGAAUGUGCUACCUUGGACCCGAAUUCAUCGAUAUCACUUGGGGCGCCGGCGGUUCCCGUCCUGCCGCAACUCUCGAGGUCGUGUCGAAUGCCCAGAAGGUCUACGGUGUCGAGACUUGUAUGCACUUGAUCUGCACCAACAACCCCACCGACAAGAUUGACAAGGCUCUCAGCGAGGCACGCGCAUGUGGCAACCAAAACAUCUUGGCCCUGCGUGGUGACCCACCCCACGGGCAAUCGGAGUGGACCGCCUGCGAGGGCGGUCUCAACUACGCCGCUGACUUGGUUCGCUACAUCCGUAAGACCCACGGCGACCACUUUGGCAUUGGUGUGGCUGGCUACCCCGAGAAGCACCCCGAGUCGGCUACGAUGAAGGAAGACCUGAAGUUCCUCAAGGAGAAGGUCGACGCUGGUGCAGACUUCAUUGUCACCCAGUUGUUCUUUGAUGUCCCCAUGUUUCUGGACUGGGUCCGUCAGUGUCGCGAGGCUGGCAUCCACUGCCCCAUCAUCCCUGGUGUCAUGCCCAUCCAAGCCUACGCUAGUUUCAAGAAGAACAUUGUCGGCGUCAGUGUUCCCCAGUGGAUUCUCGACGGCAUUGAGCCCAUCAAGAAUGAUGAUCAAGCGAUUCGUGCGUUUGGUGUGGAGGUCGGUAUCAAGAUGACUCUGGAGCUGAUUGAGGGCGGCGCUUGCGGCAUCCACUACUACACCUUCAACCUCGAGCGCAGCACUCGCUUGAUUCUCGAAGGCGCUGGCUUGGUCAACAAAACUGACUACAUCAAGAAGAACAUGCCAUGGCGAUCGAGCUUCGACGAGAAGCGCAAGGAGGAGUCCGUCCGCCCCAUCUUCUGGUCAAACCGUGCCAAGUCGUACAUCAGUCGCACGGAUGCCUGGGACGAGUUCCCUAACGGACGCUGGGGAGACUCCCGGUCGCCCGCCUACGGAGAUCUGGAUCGCUAUGGUGUGUACUUGAAAUACACCUCGGACGAGGCAAUCCAACACUGGGGUUCGCCCAGCGCCCUGCAGGACAUUUGUCGACUCUUUGUCAGGUACUGUACAGGUGAGACCUUGACCCUGCCAUGGAGUGACCAGGCCCUGGCAUUGGAGUCUGGAACCAUCAAGGAGCGCCUCAUCGAGCUGAACUCGGCCGGAUACCUCACCAUCAACUCCCAGCCUGCCGUCAAUGGAGCCAAGAGUGACGACAAGAUCUUUGGAUGGGGACCCAAGGGUGGCUAUGUUUACCAGAAGGCUUAUUUAGAGUUCUUUGUGUCGCCCGAGACUUUGGAGAAGCUCAAGCAGCGCAUGAGCAAGUUCCCCAACUUCACCUACAACGCCAUGAACAAGGCCGGCGACCUCCACACCAACACCAACGGCAGCAAGCCCAACGCCGUCACUUGGGGCGUCUUCCCCGGUCGCGAGGUCGUCCAGCCCACCAUUGUCGAGUUGGCGAGCUUUGACGCAUGGAAGGAUGAGGCGUUUGCCCUAUGGGAGCAGUGGUCCCGCUGCUACCCUCAGCAGUCCAAGCCUCGUGAGUUGUUGAACGAGCUGGGCCAGACCUGGUACCUGGUCAACGUUGUUAACAACGACUACCACGAGAAGGAGGGCAUCUUCGAGAUCUUCAAGGAGGACGUCAUUGCCGCCCAACAGCAGCAGCAGGCUGACGUUCAGGCAGAGGCGGCAAUUGCGGCCAAGCUUCAAAGUGUUACCAUCUCGGCUUCGGAGGCUGUCGCUCCCCAGGUUCAGGCUAUUGCCGUCGCCGAGGCUGUCAUGGCCUAA